AUGGGUCUUGUCGGCUUCUUGCUUAUAGUUAUUGUCGGAGUAAUGACGUCAAGUGUGAAUGGCUACGAUGGCGGUUGGGUAAACGCACACGCCACAUUUUACGGCGGUGGUGAUGCCUCCGGCACCAUGGGUGGUGCUUGUGGGUACGGAAACCUUUAUAGCCAAGGCUAUGGAACCAACACGGCCGCGCUGAGCACCGCUCUGUUCAACAACGGCCUGAGCUGUGGCGCUUGCUUCGAGAUAAGAUGUCAGAACGACGGGAAAUGGUGUCUCCCAGGCUCAAUCGUCGUCACAGCGACUAACUUUUGCCCUCCCAACAACGCUUUACCGAACAACGCAGGAGGUUGGUGUAACCCUCCUCAGCAGCAUUUCGACCUCUCUCAGCCUGUAUUUCAACGCAUCGCUCAAUACAAAGCUGGCAUUGUCCCCGUCGCCUACAGAAGAGUGCCAUGCGUGAGAAGGGGAGGAAUAAGGUUUACGAUAAACGGACAUUCUUACUUCAACCUUGUUCUGAUUACGAACGUCGGAGGAGCAGGAGAUGUUCACUCUGCUGGGUUUAAGUUCAUUUUAAGGGGUAAAGGGUUCAGGACAGGACAAGCAAGCAGCAUGUCUAGAAACUGGGGGCAAAACUGGCAAAGUAACUCUUACCUUAACGGACAAGCUCUAUCUUUCAAAGUCACAACGAGCGAUGGUCGCACCAUUGUAUCCAACAACGUUGCUUCCGCAGGCUGGUCCUUCGGCCAGACCUUCACCGGCGCACAGAUAUAG